GGAACACGGGUUGAAUGUAGGCACCCGGAGGCAACUCUUGAUGUAUGCUUGUUGUGUUUCGGGCCACUGGGGUGGCUGAUCCGCCCACGAGUACAACAAGGGAGAGUUGGUUCAACUUCUCAGAAUUCAAUUCAUAAUUUCGUGAUCGAUCGGACAGUCAUUUUUAGCUUUAUUUGUACAGAGCAACAGAGUUCCUACUUCUAAGAGGUCAAAAGUUACACCAUACUUCCUUUUUGACAUAUGAGCAUGUGAAGAUGGAAUACUGGUUGAACAUACAGAAGCUCGAGCUCUGCUUAAAAACAUCUCAGCACUGUAAGAAAUGGCAAGUGCAUCACCCAUGCACCCACCACAGUUUGAAAGAAUAUCAACUCUCAAUAGUGGAGUAUACACUUUUGUAGUGCCACAAGGUCCGAGCAUGCAAGUUACAAGGCCAAAGUCUGCUAAAGGACGUACAAGGCCAGGUGUAAGCUACCCUCAGUAUGUCAAGACAAGUCCUGAUCACCAAAUACCUGAUCCAUCUCCAGUCCACGAAUAUAUAAGUAGUCCACAACCUCCAUCUUAUGAAAGAUCACGCUCAAGACAUUCCACCAGACAUAGUCAAGUAGAUUGUAAAGAAAUUCCUAAACUUCUUCAGCAGCUGCCAAGCAGACCAUCAUCUUCUUUAAACAAGUACAGAGUCUUACCUUCCAUUGAAAGGAGGGGUUCUGCUGAUACAGCUAUGACUAUGAUGACAAAGCAGGUAUCUGAACUGAAACUAAAUAACAGCUGGGAAGAGAAACAUUUCAGACCUAUUUAUAGACCAGAUGUUCUGCCUACAUCUAACACAGUAAGUAGACAUAAUUUGAGCACCCAACAAGAACUACAGUUUGACAGUCCACAAAUAUUGCUGUCCAGUGAACUGGAGCAUCUGCAUAAUUCUUCAGCCCUAGGAAAUGGUGAUAGUGCCCUCCAUAAAGAACCACCUAAAGAUGAGCCAAGGUUGCUACUUGCUGUCCGAAUCCCCUCAGGUCAGAGGUUUGAGCACUACUUCCAUCCCACAGAUACACUUCAAGUUGUAAUUGCCACUGCUGAAUCCCAAAGUAACAACAAAUAUGAACACUGUAUCAUUGAAACUAUGGACGUGCCAAGAAGAAGUUUUCGAGAUCUCACCAAACACUUACAUGAAUGUGGCAUUCAGAACAAGUCAGUGCUGUGUAUCCUGGAGGAAGACUUGGGCUAAAAGGUGGAAGGGUCUUCGGGCACUAAAAAUCUUUUAUUCACCCAGUAGCCAUUUAAAAGCAUGACCUGGCAGUGAAUGCAUGCAAUAGCAUGCAGAGCACUUCAUGAUUUUUAGAGAUAAAACAUUGUCAUUCUAAAAUGAGUAAACUCAGUAUACAGUACACAUACAUGUAGUGCAGCAGUUAACCAAGUUGUUGUAUGCUGUUAUACACUAAAUAUCAUGCGGCUUAUUUAUUUACCUAGACAGAGUAACCCAACGUUUUUGAAAUAUUUUGUUUAUGUUACAGUCCUAAUCUUACUGUAUAGCUAAACAUAGUGAAGGAUGGUCAUUGGUUUUGUUUGAUGCCGGUCUGAAAAACUUUUUGCUUUGUGUUGUAAAUUUAUCUACUGCUUUGUUGUGGACAGUCAUCAAUUAACUAUGCAAUUUCCACUCUGUCUACAAGGUCAUGCCUGUUUUAUAGUGGAUAUUCAUCCACUAACUAUGCUACUUUCCGCAAUGUUUUUCUAAAAGGUCAUGUCCACUGUUUUAUAGUGGAUAUUCAUUAACUAACUAUGCUGUGUUCCACAAUGUUUGUCUACAAGAGUAAAUCAUAAGAGACAGUCAUCAUUAGGCUCCAUUAUGCAGGACAUUGAUAUUUUCAGUAUAUAUUCAGUCAAAAGCUGACAUCAUUCCCCAAGCUUGAUCAUUUUUAGUAUUCAAACUUUGCUAGGGACAAGCCAUUUGGUGGAGCAACCAUACAUCUUGCUUAAUUCAUUUUUACUGCUUGAUAUGAACAAUCACCCCUUAAGUAUUGUGUGUCCGUAGGCCUCAGUUUCUGGCAUUAUUCGAAAUUAUUUAGUUAAUUCCUUUGCUGGUAACUCUUCCUAGUUAUUAUUGUGAAAUUACAUUUUUCUGAUAUCCCAAGGGAAGCCUAUUAACAGGUACUCUUGAGAACAUCAGCAUACCCAAAGAUAAGCAUUUAAAUUGUUUCUCUUGCUUGGAGAAAGAUCAGUAUAUUUCUAGCUGUGAAUGUGUCAUUUUUAUUAAGAAAACUUCAUCUGGAAUGGCAAAAUAUUAAAUCUUUUUAGGACACUGUUGA